UGAACUGGUUGAACGUGUUUAUUUGAUACUUGUCGUUUCUGUCUCGUUCGGUGCUCUUCUCUCCCUAUUUGUCACUGAAAUCUCAAUCACACACUCCAAUAAUCUCUUCUCUUCCCCGUACAACUUUCAUGGCUUCUCUCAACCUUCUUCCUUCUCUAUCAAUUUCUUCUCAUUCCUUUGCUAGGCCGAAGGGUUUCAUUCCCCGCAGCAACCUCCAACUUCUCACUCCAAAGGCUUCUCAGAAGCCCACCCUUGUCGUCAAAUCUGCUGAGGGUGAGGCCUAUGUCGCUGACUCUCCUUCAGCUUCUUCUGGCUAUGCCUCUGAUUCUUUGAAGCUCAAUCUGCUGAAUGCUGUUUCUGGGCUAAAUAGAGGUCUUGCUGCAAAUGAAGAUGAUCUACGAAAGGCUGAUGAUGCUGCUAAGGAACUUGAAGCUGCUGGAGGGCUUGUAGAUCUCUCAGUUGAUAUUGAUAGGUUGCAAGGAAGAUGGAAGCUGAUAUAUAGCAGUGCAUUCUCAUCUCGUACUCUAGGUGGGAGCCGUCCUGGACCUCCUUUGGGAACAUUCCUUCCUAUAACUCUUGGACAGGUUUUUCAACGAAUUGACAUCUUAAGCAAAGAUUUUGAUAAUAUAGUGGAUCUUCGAUUGGGUGCUCCAUGGCCCCUACCACCUCUCGAAUUAACAGCCACAUUAGCUCACAAAUUUGAACUCAUAGGAUCUUCAAAGAUCAAGAUAGUAUUUGAAAAAACCACUGUGAAGACAGCUGGGAAUUUGUCACAGUUGCCACCGUUAGAGGUGCCUCGAAUUCCAGAUGCAUUAAGGCCUCCAUCUAAUACAGGAAGUGGAGAAUUUGAAAUUACUUAUCUUGACAAUGAUACCCGCAUCACAAGAGGAGAUAGAGGCGAGCUAAGGGUCUUUGUGAUUUCUUGAGCUCCUGGCGCACUUACUAUGUGUUUUCUCUGUUGGACUUGAAAAUCUUCCAACACCUGUGUCUGUCAUCUUUUUGUCUUUUUUUUUUUCCUGACAGUGUUUGUAUAUGCUAUUCAAUAUUGUAAACAUGGAUUUACAGAUAGAGCUAAACCCCACUAUGUAGCUCCAAGGGAUCAAGGAAUUUUUUUUUAAAUGUAACAUAUUUAUCUUUAAGGAAUAAUUGCUUAUAGUUCACUAGAUAUAGAAACUUGAAUACACACUCUAUUCUCUUUGAUGUAGGGCGUUUUUCUUUUCCCUCUAAUGUUUUAUCAUAUUUCCUAUUUUUGUUCUCCAUUAUGAAAAUCCUUUAUGGCAAUCAAAUUCAAAUCCAUUCUUUUGCCACUUAAAGUUUUAAAGAAAAUAAAUUUUAGAGGUUGUGCAUUAACUAUAAUCCUCCUAGUCCUGUAUUAUGACUUGAAGAUACCUGAUGUCUUCAUACUUAUGUAACUUUAUUCCUGAUAUUGCCUCAAGCCCAGACAGGAUGGAUGAUCAUUCGGUGUCACUUUUUGGGGUUUCUGCAAUUGGUUGCUAAGAUACAACAUUGGUAGCUUCUCUCCUUGCCCCCUCAUUUUAUUCCUCUCAGUCUUUGUAAUUGUAAGCAAUGAAAUUUAGCAACAGUUAUUUUAAAAUUACAAAUACUUUAUUUGAGCACGGAAUUUUUUUUAUAAUUUCGUGCAUAUAUUUUAGGGAGAUUUUUAUAGCAUUGCUUUUUUUGUUUAUGUAUAUAUAAUUGAGAAAUGCAUGCCUCUAAAUACACUUAAUUAUAGACGCAAUAAUUUCUCAACUCUCAUGUUUCGUAGGAUGUUGCAUGUUGGUUUCCCUUGGAAUACAGUAUUCUAAGAUAAUGUUAAUCAAACUUUAGCAUUUUAAAUUCAUGAGGAUAAAAGUUCCUACGAGUUUUCAGAUUCUCUCAUAAGAAGUGCAAUGUAAGAGUGAUCAAUAUGUCAGCACCGAAGCAGGAAUGCAUUUAUGAUGGUCAGAACUUAAGAUUUUGCAAAACGUUUAUUAUCCCUUGCUUGUUUAUGGUAUGUGAAGGUACAUUAGUUUGUCUUCUAUUGCUUGCUUGCUGUUUUCUGCAUCACAUAUGAAAAAAUUGUAAAUAGGAGAAAAUAGUCAAAUAUUGUUGUAUUGAAUAACUAUGGUAAUUGUGGUUCAUGUGAAGCAUUUCUAUUUUGAAAUCCAUGCAGAUCUUGCUGUCCUAACAAGUAACAACUCUCAGGAUGGCAGAAGCUUAAUCUUUGGAAGACAUCAAUAGCAAAUUGCAAAUAAGUGAGAAAGCUACAUCUUCAUUCUAGUCUACUGUGCUGUUAGUAGGUCUUACCCAGACCUAUCUCCAAGAGCCCUGAAUGUCAACAGGCUGAACAUCAGGUAGGUGAGAGACCUGAGCAAAUGAUACUAAAACUUUAACAAGAAAAUGUACUAACGACUCCUUGGACUAUAAGCAUAAAGCUUCAAUGGCAGUAUUGGCGAUAGAGUUAUUCCAGUUACAGUGAUUCUGUGAACUGAUCCUCAAUGAAAAGUAAAACAUAGAAGCACUUGGUAGCAUGAUCUAUAUUGUAUUUGAAAGACAGUGGUUUGUAGAUCCACCAACUGACUACAGUGGAUGACACACCACUUUAUUUCCAUUCACUGAUAUGCAACCCAUGCAGACUACUUUGUGAAGCUGGAAAAGAAAACAAAAAUAUGGUUUCACUUUACCAUCUAUAUGUAUGCGUUACUAAUGAGUUGCUUUUUGUUAUGGAGAAAUAUAGGUGUUGGAUGUGGAUUUAGUUUCUUCUCCUCUACUUACUACAAAAGAAUAAUGAGUUAUAGUCUUCUCAUAUUUUAUUGAUAUGACAAAAUGAGAACCAUGAUAGCAUCUGCUGAAACCCAUCUUGUAUAAAUAGCAUCUGCUGAGGAGAAUCUCUAUCCCAGAAUCUCAGCACCGAUUACUGGCAUGUGUGACUUCAGUUGAAAUAUGCAGGGGUUUCCCAAGUUUGGUUUUUAAUAGCUUAUAAGAGGUUGGAUUCGAUGAUGAAAGUUCGUUUAAUGUUUUAUUGACAACUUCAUCAAUUUUAAGACGCCUAGCAAUUAGCAUUACUUAAUUAACUCUAAUUAAUUGAAUCUUUUUUAUUAUAAUAUGUUACUUG